AGCUCGAUUCAAUCUCCUGCUGCAUUACUCUAAACAGUUUACAGCUGAGGGAAAAAAGAGAGAGAAAGGAAAAUGGAGAAGACGAUGGUGCUGAGAUCAUUAUAUCGGGCCUUUUGCCGCGGAUCUCUGGGUAUCUCCUCUUCCUCCAGCGGUAGCGCCGCUGCCGUCGUCGCCGCCGUGAACCACGUCCGCCACCUCCAUCUUAAUCGCCCUUCCAUUCCGACGUCUUCUUCCAAACCACUCGCUUCUGAUUUUCAGAAUCCUUUUACCAUGAGAAUUGGGAAUGCUCGUUAUUUUUCUGAAGAUGUGGCUCAUACACCUGACAUAAAAGACUCAGAGAUCGAAUGUGCAUUUAAGGACUUAAUGGCUGCAAACUGGGAUGAGCUUCCUCCAGCAGUUGUCCAUGAUGUGAAGAAAGCACUGUCUAAAAGAACUGAUGACAAAUCUAGUCAGGAGGCAUUGGCCAACGUGUUUCGUGCAGCAGAGGCGGUUGAGGAGUUCACUGGGAUUCUUACUUCAUUGAAGAUGGCAAUUGAUGAUAGCAUUGGGCUAAGUGGUGAGGAUGUGAAGCCAUUGCCAAAAGAAAUGGCUGAUGCACUAGAAACUGUCCACCAGCGCUAUGUUGCAUAUUUGGGCGCAUUUGGUCCAGAAGAGGGCUAUCUAAAAAAGAAAGUUGAGACUGAGUUAGGUACAAAAAUGAUACACCUAAAGAUGAGGUGCAGUGGCCUUCAUUCAGAGUGGGGAAAGGUCACAGUUCUUGGGACUUCUGGACUUGCUGGUUCUUAUGUUGAACAAAGAUCUUGAGUUUGAAAUAAGGAUUAUGGAGCCUGGUCUUUUGAUGUUUUCUUCCAUUGAAGAACAAUAUGGAGGGCCUAUUGUUGUUUUUAUGUCCUGAUGCUGUUGGCUUUAUAUAUGUUUCGACUUCUGUUAGCAAGUUUGACUACAAAUUUUGGAAGUUAUUAAUAAUGUCUAGCAAUGCGUGUAGAGAAAACUGGUGCAUCCGCGCCUAAUCAAUGUCUCUAUCCAUCAUUUCAGAUUCUAAUGUUUGCUCUUUCAGCUAAACUGUUUGCAAUUU